CUGCGAGACCUUCAGAUGAAGUCCGAAGACUUUGAAAAAGUUAAAAUUAUUGGUCGAGGAGCGUUUGGUGAAGUCCAACUGGUUCGACAUAAAGCCUCGCAGAAGGUCUACGCCUUGAAGCUGCUCAGCAAGUUUGAGAUGAUCAAGCGCUCGGACUCUGCGUUCUUCUGGGAGGAGAGAGACAUCAUGGCGUUCGCCAACAGCCCCUGGGUUGUGCAGUUGUGCUGUGCCUUUCAAGACGAACACUACCUCUACAUGGUGAUGGAGUACAUGCCAGGAGGAGACUUGGUCAACCUCACCAGCACCUACGACAUGCCAGAAAAAUGGGCCAAAUUCUACGCGGCCGAAGUGGUGAUGGCUCUGGAUUCCAUUCACUCCAUGGGCUUCAUCCACCGGGACAUUAAACCAGACAACAUGCUGCUGGACAGACACGGACAUCUGAAGCUGGCCGACUUCGGCACCUGCAUGAAAAUGGACUCUACUGGGAUGGUGCACUGUGACACGGCUGUCGGCACGCCAGACUACAUCUCUCCGGAGGUGCUGAAGUCUCAGGGAGGAGACGGAUACUACGGGAGGGAAUGCGACUGGUGGUCUGUGGGCGUUUUCAUUUUCGAGAUGCUUGUGGGUGACACUCCGUUCUACGCUGACUCUCUGGUGGGAACCUACAGUAAGAUCAUGGACCACAAGAACUCCCUGAACUUCCCUGAUGAUGUGGAGAUCUCCAAAGAGGCCAAGAAUAUCAUCUGUGCUUUCCUGACUGAAAGGGGGGUGAGAUUGGGCAGAAACGGUGUGGAAGAAAUCAAACGGCAUCCUUUCUUCAAAAACGACCAGUGGACCUUCGACACCAUCAGGGACACGGCUGCUCCUGUGGUUCCGGAGCUGAGCAGCGACAUAGACACCAGCAACUUUGACGAGAUCGAAGAUGACAAAGGCGACGUCGAAACAUUCCCCACACCCAAGGCUUUUGUUGGAAAUCAAUUACCAUUUGUCGGCUUCACCUACUUCAAAGAAGACCAGUUGCUUAGUUCUGCCAACAACAUCUCGGUGACGCAUGAUAAUUCAAAAGGAGAGUCUGCAGCACUUCUGAAGAAACUUCACAACCUGGAGAUCCAGCUGAGUAACGAUAAGCUGGUCAAAGAUGACCUGGACAACAAAUACAGAGCUGCCACCAUUCGUUUAGAAAAAGUUACCAAAGAAUUUGAGGAUGAGGUGAACAGCAGGAAGAACUUGGAGACGAGUCUGAGGCAGCUGGAGAGAGAAAAGGCCCUGCUGCAGCACAAGAGUCUAGAGAGCCACCGAAAGGCCGAGAAUGAAGCCGACAAGAAGCGCUGCCUGGAGAACGAAGUCAACAGCCUUCGAGACCAGCUGGAUGACAUGAAGAAAAGAAACCAAAAUUCACACAUUUCCAACGAGAAGAACAUUCAGCUGCAGAAACAGUUGGAGGAAGCCAACACGUUGCUGCGGGCCGAGUCCGAAGCUGCGACGAGGCUCCGUAAAGCUCAGACUGAAGGCAGCAAGCAGCUGCAGCAGCUGGAGGCUAACGUGCGCGAGCUGCAGGAUAAAUGCUGCCUGCUGGAGCGCAGCAAGCUGAGCCUGGAGAAGGAGUUCAUCAGCCUGCAGGCGGCGCUGGAGUCCGAGAGGAGAGAGCACAGCCAGGGCUCGGAAACCAUCAGCGACCUGAUGGGACGUAUUUCGGGUUUGGAGGAAGAGGCCCGCCUGCAGAAACAGGUUCUGUCCAAAGCGGAGACUGAGAAAAGACAGCUGCAGGAGAAACUUACCGAUCUGGAAAAGGAGAUGAGCAACAAGGAGAUCGACAUGACCUACAAGCUGAAGGUUCUGCAGCAGGAGCUGGAGCAGGAGGGGGCUUCUCAUAAAGCCACCAGAUCUCUGCUGGCAGACAAGAGCAAGAUCAAAGUGACCAUCGAGGGCGCCAAGUCAGAAUCCAUGAAGGAGAUGGAGCGGAAGCUGGCGGAGGAGCGAGCAGCCAAAUUGCGCCUGGAGAACAGAAUCCUGGAGCUGGAGAAAUACAGCAGCAUGAUGGACUGUGACUACAAACAGGCCUUACAGAAACUAGAUGAGCUGCGACGACACAAGGACCGACUCACUGAGGAGGUGAAGAACCUGACGCUGAAGAUCGAGCAGGAGACCCAGAAGCGUAGCCUGACCCUGAACGACCUAAAGGCCCAGAACCAGCAGCUCAACAGCUUGAGAACCUCUGAGAAGCAGCUCAAACAGGAAACCAACCACCUGCUGGACAUCAAACGCAGCUUAGAGAAGCAGAACCAAGAGCUGCGCAAAGAAAGACAAGACACAGAUGGACAAAUGAAGGAGUUACAGGACCAGCUGGAGGCUGAACAGUAUUUCUCUACUCUUUAUAAGACUCAGGUUCGAGAACUAAAGGAGGAAUGUGAGGAGAAAAACAAACUCUACAAGGACAUGCAGCAGUCUCUGCAGGAGCUGCAGGAAGAGAGGGAUUCUUUGGCAGCUCAGCUGGAGAUCACGCUAACGAAGGCCGACUCGGAGCAGCUGGCUCGCUCCAUCGCCGAGGAGCAGUACUCAGACCUGGAGAAGGAGAAGAUAAUGAAGGAGCUGGAGCUGAAGGAGAUGAUGGCUCGCCACCGUCAAGAGCUCUCUGAGAAGGACAUCACCAUCAGCUCGCUGGAGGAGGCCAAUAGGACCCUGACAAGUGACGUUGCCAACUUGGCCAAUGAGAAAGAGGAACUGAACAACAAAAUGAAGGAAGCACUUGAAGACUCUGGGAAGUCGAAGGAUUGGGAGCAGCAGAUUAAUCACAUGAAACAGACGUUUGAGAAGCAGCUUCAGUCUGAGAGGACCCUGAAAACUCAGGCUGUCAAUAAGCUGGCAGAAAUCAUGAACAGGAAGGAGGUGCGUGGCGGAGGAAGCCGUCGUGGUAACGACACAGACAUGCGGCGAAAGGAGAAGGAGAACAGGAAGCUGCAGCUGGAGUUGAGGUCGGAGAAAGAAAAGCUCAACAGCACCAUGAUUAAAUACCAGAAGGAGAUCAACGAGAUGCAAGCGCAACUGGCAGAAGAGAGCCAGAUGCGUAUCGAGCUGCAGAUGGCUCUGGACAGUAAAGACAGUGACAUUGAGCAGCUGAGGAAUCUCCUGCAGACGCUCAGUGUUCAAUCCAUGGAUUCUGCCAGCAUGAGCAGCGGGCCAGAUUUUGAUGCUGACGAUGCGUACGCAGAAACCCGACUCGAGGGGUGGCUCUGUCUUCCUGUCAGAAACAACACCAAGAAGUUUGGAUGGGAGAAAAAGUAUGUUGUGGUGAGCAGCAAGAAGAUAAUUUUCUAUAACAGCGAACAGGACAGAGAGCAGUCCAUUCCCUGCAUGGUGCUCGACAUAGACAAACUUUUCCACGUGAGGCCAGUUACUCAAACAGAUGUGUACCGUGCUGAAGCCAAGGAGAUUCCCAGGAUAUUCCAGAUUCUUUACGCCAAUGAAGGUGAGAGCAAAAAGGAGCCAGAGUUUCCCGUGGAGCCGCUGUCCAUCGGAGAGAAGUCCAGCUACAUCUGCCACAAAGGCCACGAGUUCAUCCCCACCAUCUACCACUUCCCCACCAACUGCGAGGCGUGCACCAAACCCCUGUGGAACAUGUUCAAACCUCCACCAGCUCUGGAGUGCCGGCGCUGCCACAUCAAGUGCCACAAGGACCACAUGGACAAGAAGGAGGAGAUCAUCGCUCCCUGCAAAGUGAACUACGACAUAUCUGCAGCCAAGAACCUGCUACUGCUCGCCUCCUCCCAGGAGGAGCAGCAGAAGUGGGUGAGCCGGCUGGUGAAGAGGAUUCCUAAGAAGCCGCCACUACCGGAUCAGUUUGGACGCUCCUCGCCACGCCUCUCCAUGAAGGUUCAGUCCAGCCAGUCCUUGAAGAGGCCCAGUCGACAGCUCCCGCCCAGCAAGACCAGUUAACCUCGCUUUGGGAGCGUGAUGCAUCUGAGGUUUUGUGGCGCGCUUCCACUGAAGCUUCGUCUGCAGAU